GUGAUCGUUGUCAGUCCAGGAGGCCGUUCGUCACUGUCGGUGGUAUUGACAGACAUGGGAUCAUAUGAAGAUGCCUGCAAAGCAGUUGGCCGCGACAAAGACAACAAGGCGAAUAACAACGUUUGUGAAUUUUUCGUCCAGCAUUUUAACAGCAGCUAUUGCUCGCUUUUGUUUGUCCUAGCAACCAUGGUGGUCGUUGCUAAGGAAGUGUUUGGUGAACAGAUCAAAUGUUGGUGUCCAGCCACAUUUACCGACACACAGGUGAAAUAUACAAACAACUACUGUUAUGUCAGAAACACCUAUUAUGUUCCGUUUGGACACACCAUUUCACAUUACCCUGAAGACAGGCAAGAACGCGAGAUAACUUACUACCCGUGGGUGCCCAUCAUUCUCCUGUCUCAGAGCGUGUUAUUUGUCGUUCCCAAAUGGGCCUGGAUGGAGUUUCAAUCAAGUUCAAGUUGUAGUUUCGUAUCUAAACUAACAAAGGAUCAAAGUAGCUUCAACACAGAAGACCAAUCAAAAGUCGCUCACAUAAUGAACAGAUGGCUACGAAACCGUCUGCUCAAGACGAACAGGGGAAUGUUGUUGCGUAGGAACAUGUUUAGUUUCGAAUUUUCUCGGGAAAGCUGUCUUGCAAGAGCUAAUGUUUUCUGUUGUCUUUUGUACGCCCUCAAUUCUAUUGGACAAAUAUUUGUGCUGGACAACAUUUUAGGAAAUGAAUUUCUCACAAUUGGAAUUGAUAUUUUGUUUGAAAAUAAUUACGAACAACAUGGACUAGGUAUGUUGCGUUUCCCGACUGUGACACUGUGUGAUGCCGACAUUCGGCGUAUGACUAACGUUAAAACAUAUACUGUACAGUGUUCACUCCCCAACAAUCUAUUCAACGAAAAGAUUUUCUUAGCAUCUUGGUUUUUGCUUGUUAUUCUCUCAAUUGUCAACUUGAUCAGUUUGUUUUCCAACCUAACAAUUUUUAUCAGACGACGCAGGAGUGUACUUAUCAAGAGACUCCUUAUCUGUAGCGAAAAUCCGGUUAACCCAUCACAAGAUGUCGGAAAUGACAGAGAAUUAUUUGACGAGUUCUCGGACACCUACCUUGGUGUGGAUGGAGUGUUUGUGAUAUCUAUGGUGGGUCAUCAACUCGGGGCCGUGUACACUAGCGUCCUCGUCGAGAAUCUAUGGAACAUCUUCUACGACCAUAAAAAUAACGACGAGAAAAUAAACUGAUG